AUGUCCGCCCAAGGAAACGCUGGCUCCAUCCAGGAGCGGUAAGGCCUGCGCACUCAACAAUUCGGAAGCAGGAGACGACGCUGACAAGCCUUUCCAGUGCCCAGUACCACCUCUCCCAGCUCGACAAGUGAGUCUCCUCACUGCUAUGCCAUCGGCGACAGUCGAGUGCCCGCGCUGACACGUGUUCAGGGAGCUCUCGAAAUACCCGGCGCUCAACAACCUCGAGCAGCAGACCAGCGUCCCCAAGGUCUACGUGAUCCUUGGAAUCGGCGCCCUCUACUUCUUCCUCGUCUUCUUCAACAUUGCCGGCGAGUUCCUGGUCAACACUGCCGGCUUCGCCAUCCCCGCCUACUACUCUCUCGAGGCCCUCUUCUCCAGCGGAAAGUCCGAUGACACCCAAUGGCUCACCGUAUGUUUCGCGCAAGUCAAGGACAAGGAGAUCACGAAUAUGCUGACCGGUGCAUGUUACAGUACUGGGUGGUCUACGCCUUCCUGACCGUCAUUGAGUCUGCCAUCAAUGCCGUGUACUGGUUCCCGUUCUACUACGUGUUCAAGUUCGUCCUUGUUCUCUGGAUGGCUCUUCCCCAGACCGGGUAUGUGCAGGCGCAUGUCUCAAUCCUACCUUGACUCUAUACUGACACAUCGUCUGCUAGCGGCGCCCAAACCGUCUUCCGCUCCCUCAUCUCCCCACUCUUUGCUCGUUUCUUCGACUCCAGCGCCUCCGCUGGGCUGCGCGGCAAGGCCGAGUAG